AUGACAGUGAAGGCAAACUCCGCAGAUAGGUUUCACCCAUCGAGCAAGCUCUAUGCUGUGCUAAACUACAACUACGUCCUAUUUCCAUUAACCCAGCUUCUGACCUACUAUGCCCUUUUCAAGAUCGCUCAAGCGACAUGGUAUUAUGCGGUCGUCUCUCAUGAGAAUACCUGGCAUUGGACGACGGCGGUCCACUUCCUGUUAAAUGCUAUUUUUGUCGUCAGCCAGUUCCCACCUUACGCCAAUGUUUGGGGAAUGUGUUUACCAAUCCGAACAUAUAAGAAAAAGGAGGCAAUAAGAAGGAGGCCUUUCCAGACACUGAGAAUAUGCCUUGUGACCAAGGGGACAAAUUUCCAGACGGUCCUCACAUCUACAAGCCGCUGGAGCCGCCUAAAGCAUCCUUCGUUACAGUUCCAUGUUCUGGUUGAUGGGGGGAACGGCCUCAAGUUCAAAGAAGCCCUGCCCUCGUACAUCCAUAUAGAUGAUGUCCCCGAUUCGUUUAAGCCCACGAGCGCCAAAUACAAAGCCAGGGCGCUAGAAUUCUUUCGCCGGAAGCACAGCCUCACCAAAAGUGACUGGGUAUUGCAUCUAGACGAGGAAUCCGAAAUCGACGAAUACGUUAUUGAAACCUGUCUGGACUUUAUAGAACGGGGGACUGCGGAAGUUGGCAUGGGGACAAUCUUCUAUAAUGGCGCCAACCACUGGAAGAACGCAUUUCUGUCUACAGGUGAAGUAAUGCGGAUAGCCGAUGACUUUGGCCGUUUCCAACUGCCUGUCCGACUGCUCCAGCGGCCCUUGCUCGGCUGGAUGCAUGGGUCAUGGAUCCUCAUCAAUGGGGAGGUUGAAAACAGUGUCACCUGGGAUACAGCCUGUAUCGCGGAGGACUUUUGGUUUGCUUACCGGGCUGCGUCUCUUGGAUACAAGUUUGGUUGGCUCCACGCCAUUGUUCGAGAGCAGCCCCCUUGCACGUUCAAAGAUUUCCUGAAACAGCGAAGACGGUGGUAUACCGGUAUUCUGUCAAUAGACAGUGCUAUUGUACGAUUUAUGCUUACAGCAUCUAUUCUCGGAGUGGCUUGCUUCUAUAUGUUCCCAUUAUAUGGUCUUCUUGGCUACAGAAUCCCGAUGCCAAAAUGGUACUUUUACUGGAUACUCUGGAAUGACGCAACGAAUGUGCACGCACUGCUGGCAUCUUCCAUAAUGCAGGAUAUGACCAUGACAGAUAUCUCAUGGAUGGACAUUGCGCUGAAUGCUCUCAAGGCAGUGGCUUUGUCGCCGCUGGUGCACCUAAUGCAAACAGUAGCUCUGAUAUCCUCCUGGAUCCAGCCUUCCCAGGGAUUUAAGGUGAUUGAGAAGAUCUAA